UUGCACAAACGCCAAAUCACAUUAUUGGCCAGAUAUAUAGAGGUAAAACAUAGCGUGGUAGUUGCGCUAUGUGCGGCCGCGCGGCCGUGCAUACCGAAUCAUAAGAUCAAAGCACGCAUACUUUACCUACUCAGAUACAGAUACCCACACGACCAAGAAGGCAUCAUCACGUCUUGCGGUGUGCCUGUGUUGGUGCAAUAAUGCACACACGCAAAGACGAGGGGCUACACUAUUAAAAGUAUAAUAAAAGUUACCAAGACACAAACGCAGCGUACGGUACUAUUUGUUUGGAGGGAGGUUGAAGGCACUCAUACAAGCGAGGGAGAGGCUGUGUUGGCGCGGGCCGGGGCCGCCAGUUUACCGUUGUGAGGCGCGUCGUGCGGCCGGACGCAGGACCGCCACAGUCGUGCGCCGCCGCCACCCCGACCCGGAGACCCGGCCACUCAUACAGCCGCUGCCCUGCAGAACCACCCUGGACCUCGAGGACUUGUAACCAACCCCCAACUACACUCUUUGUGUCAAUAGACUUAUAUAUUUUGGGGCCCGGUUGUCUACAGUAGAGACCAAGUGUUAUGAACUCGUGCUGAUGUCACUGGAGUGUUAACCCGAAUUUAGAUUGUGGCUUGGAUCGUUUUGACCGUCAAGUUAAGUUACGAGCGUCGUGGUAACAAUCAGUCUCGCGUACAGCCGUACCAUGUGACCGCAAAGACGUUAGGCAGAGAUUACACCACUCCUUCGCACGAAAUACUGGAAUCAUGGCAAACACUACCGAGUUCUUCACUGCCGCCACUGAGAGCCGUGUGUACUGAGUCGUUGCUAGGCAAGGCUUAGACUCGAGUAAAUAAUGGGAAAAAGGAAUGUACGGAUCAAGUUCGCACACUCCAUUGGUCCACCCAUUACGUUGAGCAAGUUGGACAAGCUCGAGUAGCCGCGCGCCGCUCCCGAACCGCACACUGCACUUUCAGUUACCGACGCACUAGCGACUGCCAAUAAAGUACAAGUCAUACCUGGUUAGAAUUCACAUAUUUAAAAGUAGAUUUAUUUAUUGUAGUACAAAGACAAACCUAAACAAUCAAGGUGUUAUACAUGCAACAAACCUGUGAACAGACGACUGCCGAGUCGUCUCCCUCGGUUACAGUAAUCGAAUCGGUAGUCAUGACGGCCACUGCCCCAGAAUUGUCAAAAUCAGAUUUUUUUGACUUCGUGACAUCGAACGAAGUUACAGACGCCCAGUAUAAACAACAGAUGCGUUCGGUGAACGUGUUUAUGGAAUCACCCGACUCCCGAUCUAACCCGUUGCUGUCGGAGGAACCCAAGGAGCAGAACAACAACAGCCUGCUGGCGGUGACGAGUGCGCCCUCGCCAGCGCCUGCAACCGCGAUGCCCGCCGCCCCCACCACGCUGCAGAGCUUCGACUCCAUCUGGAAUGUAGAUCGCGACCGGGACCGCCUCGAGACCGCGAUGCUAGAGGAUCUCAAUAAAUACUACUGGAAUCAGGACAGCGAGAUAAACAGCGCGCACCCAUGUACUGACACCGCUAUUUCUAAUAAACUUAUCAGUAACAAUACGGAUGGACAAAUAUACACACUAACAGUACUCAACCAAGAUAUACAUGAAGCAAGUACCAACAGGUAUUGGACCAAGGAAGAAGACGUUUCUAUGUCCAGCCCUACCGAUAUAGAUAAUAACUCCUCCUUAGAUCUUGAAUCCAUACUAAAUAUGAACGGAUUUCCAAAUGAUUUCAAUCAAGAUUCCUUGAGUUCUAAUGUGCUUCCGAAAGUUGAAAGUUAUAGCUACGAAGAAAGUGAAACAGAAAGUCAGAACCCAGAUUUAGGCUCAAGUGAUCUAGUUAAAGUGGAACCCUUUAGUUAUGAGGACAACGAUUUUCAGUCUAACGAUAAAAGGGACGAUUCCCGUAGUUCUGUAAUUGGCACGCCUCUAUUAGAAAGUUCUGUUGAAUUUAACAAUAAUAACAAUGAUUGGAAGCUAACCGAUCAAAAUACCGACACAAAUGAAUCUCUAUUAAGAAGUGCAUUACAGGGAAAAGCUUUCAUUAGAUAUAGUACGGUACAAAAGAAACUGGACGCAACAACAGAAUUGAAAAGAGUUAUAAUUAACAACAAUAAUAAAUCCGACGUUCCUUCCAUGUACCACGACAGCAAAGACGGUGACACCGAGCUAUUGAUCCACACACCAACAGGGAACGUCAACAUUUCCAUCUUACUAGAAGAUCCUAAUACGGCAGUGAUCACGAACGGUGACAACCCGACGUCGACGCAAAGUGUGGAUGAUAUUAUAUUGUCACAACUGGAUGCCAAUUACCCAGAAGACUAUGAAAAGUUAAAGAGGAUAGCGACGGAGCUAGGCGAGUCUGUGCAGCCGUUCUGCACGGUAGAGCCGUUAGAACCGGCGCGUGGCGUAUACAACAUCCACCACGUUAACGGCGAAAUUGUGACCAUGAUCCCCGCGGGCGAGGUGCAGCUGCCGCACAUGCAGCUGGUAACAGCUUCGCCCACCGUCACCAGCACCAAGACGGUCAGCAAGAAAUAUAAACGUAUCGCAAAUAAGAGCUCGCCGCCCGCGGCACAGCCGCAAACAGGUACGGCCAUCCAGCCCGCCACAUCCACUUCGAACGGUGUGCGCAAAGAGCGGUCGUUGCACUACUGCUCCAUCUGCUCAAAGGGUUUCAAGGACAAAUACUCUGUAAAUGUGCAUGUACGCACGCACACGGGCGAGAAGCCCUUUUCGUGCUCGCUGUGCGGCAAGAGCUUCCGUCAGAAGGCGCAUCUCGCAAAGCACUACCAGACACACAUCGCGCAGAAGAGUGCCGCGGCCAAUGGCCAGCCAAAGCCCGCCAAGCAGCGGUAACCGCCCUCAUAUUAUUGCUACACUAAUCGUACAUCGAUCUUUUACGUUAAUAGUCAAUAGAACUUUGUCACAGUGAUAACAAUAGUAUUUUUAAGCAAAUACCUAAAGGCUGAAACAUCACAGAUGAAUUUGGUAAGGUGCUAAAGUAAAGUAGUAAUUAUCUCAAAGAAUGGCAGUUAGAAAAUAUUGAUAAGGAAGUCCACAGCCUUCAUUUUUGUUAAUUUGUAUGUAUUUCCGUCCGUUACCGAACACACGUCUAGCUUUAGCUAAGGACAGGUACUAUUAAGUUUAAUUAUGAGAUUAUCAUAAAAUCUAAGUACAUUCCGUAUUUAUUAGUCAUGUAGCUACAUUUAUUUUAAUGUAACGUUAAAGUCAUACGUAGGUAUGUUUGUAAUUUUGCACAGUU